CCCUACCCUACGCCUCUUCUCUCGCAUCUCGCUCUCUCCGUCUCUCGAUCUCUCGCGAUCUCCUUUGGAGCUCUCCCCGAGCAACAAUGGCGGCGGCGUGGGGGAGGACGAGACGGGGCGGCGGCGGCGGCGGCGGAGGUGGGGAGGUGGCGGAGUCGAUCUACGCGGUCGUGGCGCUGGUGCUCGUCCUGGUGGCGUGCGUGGAGCUCGGCGACGCCGCCGCCGCGGUCGACGUGUACCGCUUGAUCCAGUACGAUCUCGCCGGGGCGCCGCUCGGAUCGCGCCUCGCCGCGCUCAACCACCACGCCGGCGCCUUCCCCUUCGCCGCCGGCGCCGAUCUCUCCCGCACCGCCGUCAUCGUCCCCAUCCGCGAUCUCGACCUCUCCUUCCUCCGUGAUUACAUUGCAAAUAAGCGACCUCUGGGAGGGUUGCUACUUCUCCUUCCUCAGAAAAUCAGUGAUAAACUAGGUGGGGAGCAAAAAAAUGAUGACUCUGGGCUAGUAAAAAAAAUAUUAGUUGAGUUGGAACAGUUGCUCAUACAUGCUGAGAUACCUUAUCCAGUUUAUUUUGCGUUCGAGGAUGAGAAGAUUGAAGCGUUACUAAUGGAUGUUCGUAAAGGUGAUUCUGCUGGUCAGCCUUCCACUGCAACCACUGGCGGCUACAAGUUCAUAGUAUCCUUGCCGGAACCCAAGAAACUAUCUUCGCCAACCAUCUCAAACAUUCAGGGAUGGUUGCCUGGUCUUAAAGAAGAAGGCGAUGCUAAUCAGCUUCCAACUAUUGCUAUUGUUGCAAAUUACGACACUUUUGGUGCUGCACCAGCAUUGUCCGUGGGAAGUGAUAGUAAUGGGAGUGGGGUUGUGGCUCUCUUAGAGAUAGCCAGGCUUUUCUCACGCCUAUAUUCAAAUCCAAAGACUAGGGGAAAGUACAACCUUCUUUUUGGUCUAACAUCUGGCGGACCUUACAAUUACAAUGGUACUUACAAGUGGCUCAGAAGUUUUGAUCAACGUGUACGUGAGAGCAUUGAAUAUGCUAUUUGUUUGAACAGUAUUGGUUCCUGGAACAAUGAGUCCUGGAACAAUGAGCUGUGGAUACAUGUAUCUAAGCCUCCAGAAAAUCCUUACAUCAAACAGAUCUAUGAAACUUUCUCAGAUGUUGCUAAAGAUAUCGGGGUUUCAAUUGGUGUGAAGCACAAGAAGAUAAAUGUCUCAAACCCUCGAGUAGCUUGGGAACAUGAACAAUUUUCAAGGUUCAGAGUAACAGCCGCUACUUUGUCUGAGCUUCCUGUUGCACCUGAAUUUUUAGAAAGCACUGGCGGUCUCUAUGAUACAAGGAAAUCAACAGAUGAGAAGGCAAUAUAUAGAAGUGUCAAAUUAGUUGCUGAGAGUAUUGCGAAACACAUUUACGGGCAUGAAGGAAGGAAUAUUGACAUUUUUGCUGAUAAUAGUAGCUUGGCGGUGAAUCCUUACUACAUAACUUCAUGGUUGGAUCUGUUGUCACAGACACCACGAGUUGCUCCUUUCCUUUCCAAAAAUGAUCCAUUUAUAGCUGCACUCAAAAAGGAAUUAUCUGAUCAUACGGUCGAGGUGCAUGUACAACAUGAGUCACUCGAUGGAAUUUUCACCUUUUAUGAUACAACGAAAGCAACACUAAACGUAUACCAGGUCGCAAGUGUUACUUUCGAUCUUCUUUUUCUGCUUGUCCUGGGAUCUUAUCUGAUUAUUCUCUUCAGUUUCCUUGUAAUAACUACGAGGGGUUUAGACGAUCUCAUUAACAUUUUUCGGCGCCCACCAUCACGAAAAGCUAAGGCAGCAUAAAACUUUAAGUAAUUGCAUUUCUUAUUUAGCAGAGGAAGGUGGAUAAGGAAACCCUGAUUUACCAGAUCAGGUCGAUCAGUUUGGAGAAGUUUUGUUAGUGAAAUGGGGUGGAUUUCAUCACGCACAUUCCACAUGUAUUUUAAUGCAAACAAGUUUUGCUUGUUUUGGUAAUUGUAGUAAAUUGAUCUCUAGCUGUAUUUUAGCUGUACAAGAUGGCCGUCUCACAGAUAGUAGAGGACUACUAAAGUAGGGCUCAGUGCCUUCCACAUUUAUUUUGUUUUCAUGAGGGGCUUGCAUUUCAACAUCUGUUUUAUUUGAUAUCUUUUAUCUGAAUCCAGGAAUGUGUGAAGCACUAAUUGCAGAUUUUUUUUCUUUUUUCUUUUUUUGGUGCUGCCACAUUUUUUAGAUUGAUCCUGUAUUGAAAGCAAAUUACUUGUCAAUCAUUUCACAAGAGGAUUUUAUGCUGAUUC